AUGGGCAAACACCACAAAUCCUCCCAUGAUCGCCGCGACAACGACACAGGCCACAUCCUAGGCGGCGCCUUCCGCGCAAAACGAGACCCCCAAACCGGCGUCUACACCGACCACUGGAUGGACGCCGACGGCAGCUCAGGCACAACGCAAUACUGGCUCCCAGGCGAGGACCCACCCACCGGACCCAUGCCGCCGAACCCGUGGCCACGAUUCGCGGAGGGCCGGCAGCACGGACAUCGAGAGGGAGAGGAAUAUGGGGAGAGGGAGGGUGCGUGGACGGGGUUGGAGGAAGGGUAUCCGAGGGGGUUUGGGGAGGCAUAUCAUGGGCCCAGGGGGGCGCGGGCGUAUGACGAGUUUUAUGGGAGAGGGUAUGGGGGUGCGGUGCCAGAGGGGAGGGAGGAUGGGUAUCGGGAUUUUCAAGAGCAAUAUGCGGGUGGGCUGGGACUCAUGGGAGCGGAGUAUGGUGGUGGUUUAGGAGGAUUUGGGGAAUCUAGAGGAGGUUACAGUGGUGGAUAUUAUGCUGAUGAUUCGAGCUAUUAUAGCAGUGCCUACGGAGGAAGACAUGGCGACUUCUACGGUGCCGGCCAGAACGACUACUUUGGCUAUGGAGGUUAUCAGGACUACUAUGGUAUGGGAGGUGGAGGCUAUGAGUCUGAAUACGGCAGUGGAGCGGAAGGAUAUGGCGACUACUAUGGUGGUGCUGGUGGUGGAUAUGACGACUACUUCGGUGGCGGUGGUGGAUACGGUGAUUACUUUGGUGGAGGCGCCGGGUACGAUGAUUAUUACGGCGGAUAUGAUGGGUUCAAUGACUACUAUGGAUAUGGCGGGGGAACUCCAGGCUUCGAUGGAUAUGGAUAUCGUGGUUAUAUGUAG